AUGACUUUCCAAGUGGAAGGACUGAUAGCUAUCAUCGUGUUCUACCUUCUAAUAUUGCUGGUUGGAAUAUGGGCUGCCUGGAGAACCAAAAACAGUGGCAGCUCAGAAGAACGCAGUGAGGCCAUCAUAGUUGGUGGCCGAGACAUUGGUCUGCUGGUGGGUGGAUUUACCAUGACAGCCACCUGGGUCGGAGGAGGUUACAUCAAUGGGACUGCUGAAGCAGUGUAUGUACCAGAUUAUGGUCUAGCUUGGGCUCAGGCACCAAUUGGAUAUUCUCUUAGUCUGAUUUUAGGUGGUUUGUUCUUUGCAAAGCCUAUGCGUUCCAAGGGAUAUGUGACCAUGUUAGACCCAUUUCAGCAGAUCUAUGGAAAACGCAUGGGUGGGCUCCUAUUUAUUCCUGCACUAAUGGGAGAAAUGUUUUGGGCUGCAGCCAUUUUCUCUGCCUUAGGAGCCACCAUCAGCGUGAUCAUUAACGUCAACGUGCAAGCUUCUGUCAUCGUCUCUGCACUGAUCGCCACUCUGUACACGCUGGUGGGUGGUCUCUAUUCUGUGGCCUACACCGAUGUAGUUCAGCUUUUCUGCAUCUUCAUAGGCCUGUGGAUCAGCGUCCCUUUCGCCCUGUCGCAUUCUUCAGUUACUGACAUUGGGUACACUGCUCUGCAUGCCAGAUACCAAAAGCCUUGGCUGGGGACCAUUGAAUCAUUUGAAGUCUAUACUUGGCUUGAUAGUUUUCUGCUGUUGAUGCUGGGUGGAAUCCCAUGGCAAGCCUACUUCCAGAGGGUCCUCUCUUCAUCCUCAGCCACCUAUGCUCAAGUGUUGUCUUUCCUGGCAGCUUUUGGGUGCCUGGUGAUGGCUCUACCAGCCAUACUCAUUGGGGCCAUUGGAGCAUCAACAGACUGGAACCAGACUUCAUACGGGCCUCUAGGUCCCAAGGACAAAAAUGAAGCGGACAUGAUCUUACCCAUUGUUCUGAAGUAUCUCUGCCCUGUGUACAUUUCUUUCUUUGGCCUUGGUGCAGUUUCUGCUGCUGUUAUGUCAUCAGCAGAUUCUUCGAUCUUGUCAGCAAGUUCCAUGUUUGCCCGGAACAUCUACCAGCUUUCAUUCAGACAAAAUGCAUCAGACAAGGAAAUCAUCUGGGUCAUGCGAAUCACCGUAUUUGUGUUUGGAGCUUCCGCCACAGCCAUGGCCUUACUAACGAAGACCGUGUACGGGCUCUGGUACCUCAGCUCAGACCUCGUUUACAUCAUCAUCUUCCCCCAGCUGCUUUGUGUGCUCUUCGUCAAGGGAACCAACACAUAUGGGGCUGUGACAGGUUAUGUGUCUGGCCUUUUCCUGAGAAUAACUGGCGGGGAGCCAUAUCUGUACCUGCAGCCCUUGAUCUUUUACCCUGGUUAUUACUCUGAUAAGAAUGGCAUAUAUAAUCAGAGAUUCCCAUUUAAAACCCUUGCCAUGGUGACCUCGUUCUUAUCCAACAUUUGCAUCUCCUAUCUAGCCAAAUACCUAUUUGAAAGUGGAACCUUGCCGCCCAAAUUAGAUGUGUUUGAUGCUGUUGUCGCAAGGCACAGUGAAGAAAACAUGGAUAAGACAAUUCUGGUCAAAAAUGAAAACAUUAAGUUGGAUGAACUUGCACCUGUGAAGCCCCGACAGAGCCUAACUCUCAGCACCACUUUCACCAAUAAGGAGGCCUUCGUCAACAUCGACUCCAGCCCAGAAGGGUCUGGGAUUGAAGAUAACUCAUAA